GCCUUCGGCCCAAUUUGACGGCCUAAGUAACUUGCAGCUUUCCUCCAUCUGUCCCCACACGUCAGCCUCCCAUCCUCCUCCCGCAGGCCGCAGUGUCGCCGGCCGGCCGGCCGGCCGCCCGCGAGAGAGAGGAAGUGGGUGCCCCGCCGUGAUGAGCCACCGGAGGCGAUCUCACACCGCCGGCCCGCCGCCUGCCGGAGACGAAGCUUCCUCGCAUUCGCCGGAGAAGACGAGGUGGAUCCGGCCGUGGGCGCUGGGAUCGGACCGGAGGGUGCUGGCGCUCGCGCUGGCGUUCCGCGCGGCGAACGCGCUGCUGGUGCGCACCUACUUCAACCCCGACGAGCACUGGCAGUGCCUUGAGGUCGCCCACCGCGUCGCCUUCGGGUAUGGCCACAUUACAUGGGAGUGGAAGCGGGGUCUGCGAAGUUACCUUCACCCGUUCAUCUUUGCUGCUCUGUACAAGAUUCUGGCGCUACUCCACUUGGAUACUCCAUGGUUUAUGGUGAUGGCUCCACGUCUUCUGCAAUCUGUCUUUGCAUCUAUUGGAGAUCUGUACUUGUAUAAGCUUUCCAAACUAAUUUUCAAUGGUCAGGUUGCCCAGUGGACAUUAUUUUCUCAGUUGAUCAACUGGUUUAUGUUUUUCUGUAUUACACGGACUCUAUCAAACAGCUUGGAGACAGUAUUGACUGUUGCUGGACUCUAUUACUGGUUUACUGCAAUCGAGUCUUCCAAGGGAACCUUAGUUGUUUCAAAACAGCAGGCUACCGCCAACCAAAGUGCAUCAAGAAAAGUGGCUCUACUUAUAGCAGCGUUAGCUUGCGCCAUUCGGCCAACUAGUGCCAUAACAUGGCUAUAUGUUGGUCUUUUGGAUUUUAUUCAGAUAAAAUCAAAAUGCCGAUUUGUCUUUCUUGAGGUCAUUCCACUAGGGACCAUUGUCCUUGCUGUAACAACGUUCCUUGAUUGGUGGAUGUAUGGAUCCCAGGUCAUAGUGCCUCUUAACUUUUUGAAAUUCAACCUCUUUUCUUCUGGAGGAGACUACUACGGAACACAUGUCUUCCACUGGUACUUUACACAGGGUUUUCCAUCUAUGAUUUGGACAUUCUUACCUUUUGCAAUGUGUGGAAUCAUAAAGUCUCAAGAAUGGAGGCUUUCAGGUCUAAUUGCCUGGGUAUUAGGGGUUUACAGCAUACUUGGACACAAAGAAUUCAGAUUUGUUCUUCCAGUGCUACCUUUAGCAUUGAUGUUCUCGGGAUACUGCUUAGCUGCAAUGUCACAAUUCAAGGGCAAAAAUGUGCAUGGGAAAGGACGCCUUUCAAGGUUGCAACUUUCUGUAAUCCUUCUCAUCGUAACCAAUGUUCCCAUGGCCUUAUAUAUGUCCUUAUUCCACCAGAGAGGAACCGAAGAUGUAAUGUUUUAUUUGUCAAAAGAAGCCCAUGAUGGAAGAGUGAAGAGUGUCCUCUUUCUCAUGCCCUGUCAUUCGACACCUUACUACUCUACCUUACAUUACAACCUACCUAUGCGCUUUUUGGACUGCACUCCUAGUGAUAACGAAGGGACCUUGGAUGAGUCAGAUCGUUUCCUUAUGAGCCCAUCUGAUUUUACGGGCGAGGUUUUCGGAAAUUUAUCUUCAUUCAGUCACAUUGUAUUAUUUGAAUCUGAAGAGAGACAUAUUCUUCACUUGCUGCUGCGCAAUUCCUUUCUAGAGGCCAGGAGAUUUUUCCACUCCCACUUCAAGGUUGACAGAGACCUUCAGUCGUCUGUUGUUGUUUAUUCACGGAGGGAUGUGUUAUGAUUUAGUGUUGCUGUGGCAGAAAAGGCCUGUCAUCUCGCCUGACAAUCUCUACAUGUUUCGUAUUGUUUUAGUUUAUCAUUUCAGAAAUGAGCUGUAACACUAUUUGUUAUGAUCGGAAAUACUUAUAGUAGGCGCAGA